GCGCCGGCCGCUCCCGCGCAACGACCCGCGGGCCAUGGCGCAAAUCAUCCGACACUGCACGCCAAAGGUGGUUGACACGGCGCACUUGCAUGGUGCCCUUGGCGGCUUCAAACGUCUUGGCCUCACAAAGUUUGCGGAGGACGCGAAGGUGAAGCACCAGGAGCUGGCGGGCCAUGGGAACGUGCCGCAUUUGAAGUUCCGCCUGGUGGGGGAGACAGCGAGUCGCUAUGGAUCCCAGGCAGACCGGAAUGAGCUAGCGCAUGAGGCGGGCUUUGACUCUCUGGUCACCGCGCAGCUUUUUGCGUAUUUGCGGGCGAUCUCCCCCACGCAGGUCCGUGAGGGUGCGAACCGGCUCUUCCUCUACAAGAGCAUCGAGUAUCUGGACUUGGACAGAGCAGCCUUGGAGGGAGAGGUUGGAGUCUGCAUGUUUGACCUCAGCCGAGGCGCUGGCCUCGGCGACCAGGUUACGCUCCUGGUUGCUGCGCUGGACACCGUGGAUGGGAAUGACGCCCCCAGGCUGAUCACCAAUGCUGGCUACCUGUGCAAGUGGAUUGACACCCAGCACAUCCUCGUAGUCAUGAGGGCCUCGGGCGGCGCUGCGGUGCGCAAGGCCGCGGAGCUUGCGGGCAAGGUCCAUGGCGUGGUGUCUUGGAUGGGCUUCGACGAGUGGCGGGAGGGCGAGAAGGCCAAGGUGGCGUUGAAGGGCCAGGACGAUGCUGACACGGCGGCUUCCACCGUCGAGACGGCGACGGCUGUGCCUGAGGCACUGGCCCCAAGCGAAGUGCUGCUGGCUCCAGGCGAAGUACUCGAGGCUCCUCUUCCCAAGGAGGAGAUGCCAAGCGAGUCGGCUCGAAGAGGGGAGGAGUGGUGGCAGCAGCUGAGUGCCAGCCUCUCUCGGCUUCUGAGGCAGCAGCCGAAACCGCUGGCGGCAGCUGGCUUUAUGUUGGCACUGUGGUUGGUGUUUUCGAGGGCGGACGUCGACUCGGCGCUCUCCAG